GUGUGUUGUAGUGAAUCAUGUCUUGUAAGGAAGCUAUUUUUAAUGCACCGCUGGAAACGUGUCCUCGUUAAGUGUUUAUGGAGGAGGAGAUGUUGAUGUCCGGGGAGCGUCAUGGUGAUCAUUAAUUCACUGCUAAAACUGAUACAGCGACAGACAUACACCUGUUUGUCUCAUCGCUAUGGACUGUACCUGUGCUUUGGAGGACUUGUUAUUGUGAUCGUGUCCGCCUUUCAGUUUGGAGAGGUCGUGGUAGAGUGGAGUCGAGGUCAGUACCAUGUGUUAUUUGAUUCCUACAGAGACAAUGUUGCAGGAAAGUCAUUUCAGACCAGGCUUUGUCUGCCGAUGCCCAUUGAUGUGGUUUACACUUGGGUAAAUGGGACAGACACAGACCUGCUGAAGGCUCUCCAUGCCAUGAGACAGCAGUUGGAAGAGGAACAGAAGGCACUGAGGGAACGUCUGGGAAAGAAUGCAUCUGAAAUGACCGAAGCUCCUAAAGGAAGGCCAGAAUGUCUGCUGUCCCACUGUAUCAUGGCUCCUGUGCUGGUGCUGGAUCCGGCCCUCCCUGCCAACAUCACCUUAAAAGAGCUGCCAACUCUUUCAGCUGCUUUCUCGUCUACCAAACAACUCCUACAGGUGGCCAAACCCCUUCAUCCUUCCACAAGCGUGUCUGUCCUUCUUUUCCACUCCCAUAAUGAAGCUGAAAAGGCCCAUACAGAUGCUGUGAAGAACUCCCUGACACAUUCCAUCAGCAGAGGUUACCUGACAACUGAUAAAGAGGCUCCUGGUUUGGUCCGCAUGCACACUCUGGCCUACCUGAGUGGCUUCCCAGGGUCAUUAAAGGAAACUGAGCAGCUCAGGGUCAAACUGCCAGCUGUGGUGACCAGUAAAAUCAAACAGUUGCAGCUGUAUUCUGAGGCCAGCAUCGCUUUGCUCCACUUAAACAGCGCUCAGGAUUUCACUGAUCUCACCCAGCAGGCCAAGAAGAACCUGACGCUGGAUGGGAAAGAACUGACAGUCAGCCCAGCAUAUCUGUUCUGGGACCUGAGCGCCAUCUCACAGUCCAAGCAGGAUGAAGAUGUGUCUGCCAGUCGCUUUGAAGAUAACGAGGAAUUGCGCUAUUCACUGCGCUCUAUCGAGAAACAUGCACCCUGGGUGCGGCACGUCUUUAUUGUAACUAAUGGGCAGAUCCCGUCCUGGCUUAACCUGGAUAAUCCACGAGUUUCUGUGGUUACCCACCGGGACAUUUUUCAGAACCAGUCCCAACUUCCUACAUUCAGUUCUCCUGCCAUUGAGACCCAUAUACACCGAAUCCCAGGACUCUCACAAAAGUUUAUCUACCUCAAUGACGAUGUCAUGUUCGGUAAGGAGGUGUGGCCUGAUGACUUCUACAGUCACUCCAAAGGUCAAAAGGUUUAUCUCACCUGGCCCGUUCCAAACUGUGCCGAUGGCUGCCCAGGCUCCUGGAUCAAAGAUGGCUACUGCGACAAGGCCUGCAAUAACUCGGCCUGUGACUGGGAUGGAGGGGACUGUCAAGGUGCUGCAGGCAGCAGUCGUUUUGGAGGAGGUAUAGGUGGUGGUUCUGUGAUUGGAGGCGGGCAACCUUGGCAUUUGUCGGGUGGCCUAGGAGGGCUGGGGGGCGUGUCCUUCUGUAACCAGGGCUGCGUUAACUCUUGGUUAGCCGAUAAGUUCUGUGACCAAGCAUGCAACGUUCUUACCUGUGGGUUUGAUGUGGGUGACUGCGGACAAGAUAAUUUCAACCAGCUCCACCGUGUCAUCCUCCAGAAAAGCCAGACACACUACACCCUGCCUCAGGGAGAACUCCGGCCAUACUUUAGCUUCUCAGGCAUGGCCAACCGUGUGUCAGAGGCUCAGGUCGGUGAUAGCCCAGCAGUCCGUCACACUUCUGUCGCCAAUAAAUGGAAGACCAUCCACCUACUGCUGCUGCCUGGACACAAUGCCACCCAGAUCCAGUACAACAUCACUUUCCAGGGCACCGACAACCAGGACUUCACCAUGAUCUUCUCUGUUGUUGUGGAUACCAGAGAAUUACCCAAGUCUAAUGUGUCUGAACCUGUUCAGGAGAAGAAUGAGCUUGCACCUAAACCAACCGUGGUGACCCCAGAACCAGAGGUCCACUUUGAAGAAGUUGCCAAAGAAAAACAAGGCCCUAGAGUUAGAGAGAUGACCCUUGGCGAGAUAGAGACUGUGCAGGUGCCUGCGUUAAACGAAUCUCUUUUGCCAGAGGAAGUGAAAGUUGAGUUACGGAAACUAAAUGAGAAGCUAAAAUUGGGUGAUAUCACCAUUAAAGGCUAUAAUUUGACCAAAGCUGUGCUGAUGGAGCCCUACAAGCACAAAGCUCAGCUUUCACUAAACAAAAAAUUCCCUGCAGAGAAGCAGGACCAGAACAAAGAACAAAAAAAAAAAGGAAAUUUAGCCAAUACACAGCAGGCAGAGAAGGCGGCAAGGGUGAAAAAAGCACAAGAAGACCCAGGAGUGGUGAAACAUCACCAAAUAAAAGUCUUGCCAUCUCUUAUUCCAAUCCAGAUUGAUGGGGUUACUCCCAAAGCUCAAUCUCGAUUGGUUGGCAUGGAGAAACCUCAUGCGUCUAAGUUCCUCAGCACCAUGGUGGGGAACAUGUCCAAAGAGAGAGGUCCAAAAAAUGAAGCCCACAUCCGGGGGCGGCCCAUGAGCCGUAAACUCCAGCACUACACCAGCUCAGACCGUGGCUUCCUUCCAUGGGAGAGGAGAAAGUUCUUUCAGGAUCUGUUGGAGGAAGAGAAGCGUCUGGAGAGAGAGCUUCUAUAUACAGCUGAUAGUGCCACCUAUGGCAGGAGGUUGCAGGACACUUUCGCAGACUCACUCCGCUAUGUCAACAGACUCUUGAAUGCUCAAUUCGGCUUCACCUCUCGCAAAGUGCCCGCACACAUGCCUCACAUGGUUGACAGGCUUAUCAUGCAGGAGCUGCAGGACACUUUACCUCAGGAGUUUGAUAAGACCUCAUCUCACCGUGUGCGUCACUCUGAGGACAUGCAGUUCGCCUUCUCUUAUUUCUACUUCCUGAUGAGUGCAGUGCAGCAUCUCAAUAUAUCAGAAGUGUUUGAUGAAAUUGACACGGAUCACUCCGGUGUGCUGUCCGACCGCGAGAUCCGCACACUGGCCACACGCAUCCAUGAACUCCCCUUAAGUCUUCAGGAUUUGACCAGUCUGGAGCAGAUGCUCAUAAACUGUUCGAAGACUCUUCCAUCCAACCUCAUACAACUCCACUCUUUCAGCCCCACCCAGGAGGCCUAUUAUGACCCCAGCAUGCCACCUGUCACAAAAGAUCUAGUCAUCAACUGCAAAACCAUCACAGAGAGAAUACACAAAGCCUUUAGGGUCCAGAAUAAAUACAAGUUUGAAAUAAUGGGGGAGGAGGAGAUCGCAUUUAAGAUGAUACGGACCAAUGUCUCACAUGUAGUGGGACAGCUGGAUGACAUCAGGAAGAACCCGAGGAAGUUUAUCUGCUUGAAUGACAACAUUGACCACAGCCAUAAGGAAGCCAGCACAGUUAAAGCAGUACUGAGGGACUUCUACGAGUCCAUGUUCCCACUGCCCUCUCAGUUUGAGCUGCCUAGAGAGUACAGAAAUAGGUUCCUCCACAUGUCAGAGCUACAGGAGUGGCGAAUAUACAGGGACAAACUGAAGUUCUGGACCCACUGUGUGCUUGUAACAUUGGUUGUCUUCACAGUCAUGUCUUUCUUUGCUGAGCAGCUGAUCAUGUUGAAACGCCGGCUUUUCCCCAGACGCAGGGUCAGUAAAGAUGUAAACCCUGAGCGUGUGUGAGCUUUACGGCCAUUCCAUCUUCUCCUCACUGAACACUGUCCCUUUCACUCAGAGGGCUUGAAUCAACAGGCAUGCAAGGAGAAUAUGACAUACUCUGAACCAGAGACCAACUCCUCAAAUGCUUAUGUUAAUGUCCGUCAUACAAACCGACAUUUGUGAGACCAUUUGGAUGUGACUGGACCACAGUUCUUGGAGAAACGUCAUGGUACAUGCCUUUGUGAGCUGCCUCCACUGAGGGCAAUUUGUGAGACUCUGCAGGCACAAACUUGCUUGCCUUGUGGACCGCAAUCACAAUUCAGGUUGCGUAUUGACUGAACUGAACUCAAAUAUGUGUGUUGCACUCAGGGACAUAUUAUGACUUGCAAUUAUCUCCAAGGACCCAUUUUUCAUUGUUGAUGUAUUUUUGAGCGAGGGGAUCACCAAACUAGAUCACGCAACCUUAAAGGCAAGGGCCCCUGGUAGUCAAGGGCCCCUAGGCACUGGCCCCAUUGCCCCAGUCGGUAAUCCAUCCCUGGUUGAACUACAUGCCAUAUGACCUUAUGUGUUUGAAUUGUAUUUAUUAAAAUAGGAUUUUAAAUUCUACCCAUUGAAGGGAUGUUCUCUCCAUUCAGUGCCUGCCUUUACCACAUGAAUGAAGCCAGUGAACUUUGAUCUGAAUUGCAAUUCUGAAAUAAGGAACAUUUGGGGGGGUUGAUUUACAUAUAUAAGGAACUUUCUCCCUCUCUCUGUUUUAAAUGCUUGCCAUUCAUAAUGACAACUUUUGCUUGGAAGUCUUAUACAUGCUUGUCUCUUGGUGAGACUAUUAAAUACUGACUGUCUGAAAUUCAGAUGCCACAUCCUGUGGCCCUGGUGUGUAUUAACUCAAUUAAUUUCUUACUCACACAUUGUUACUACUGACCUACCCAUGUGACACAAUGUAUACGUGCCUGGCUAAACAGACUUGAGUAUUGAAUGAUGAUGCUGAUCUAGGAUGAAAUGUUUACGUUUAUUUAUUGGAAUAUAAAAUAUAUGAUUAAUCUCCUUUUGUUUCAUUUUAAAAGUUUUGGUUGCAGAGAUUCUGCAUCCUAAAAAUAUUUUUGUUUUCCUCAAAAUUCUUCUGACAUCUGAUCAAUUUUAUCAGUUGUAAAUUCAACCAGCAAGGUGCCAUGUUAUUCUUUAAUUGCUCGAGGACAAA